AUGCUUCGAACUCGCGACAUUGUAGCUGCCUUUUUGGCUCUGAUUCUGACUCGCAUGGCAUGGAAUGAUCAAGCCGAGAAUUUAUCGGCAUCGAUCCAUUUGUCUUUUUAUUUUCCCUUUGAACGCGAUCAAGUGCCGCCGGCUGCCUUUGACGUGGAUGGCGAUGGCACGUCCGAAGCGUUGGUCACCAUGUUGCCGACUCUCGUGCACAAGACGAACGGGGGACAACAAUUUGUACUGCAAUUGUUGGAUUUAAAGCCUCUUCAUUCGAGCUAUAGUAGUGCCAAGACGGGUGUAUUGGGAGCUCCCUUUCAACCACGGGAAUUGCUGCGAUCGGAUCCUAUUGUCAUGACACAAGAAGAAGAAGGAGAAGAACAUGGUGGAGCGCCUGUGAAACCAUUGCAGAUUGUGACGGGUCAAGUGAUGGUCCGUGGCAUUCCCAGGCAAUCACAAGAGGCAGAUUUUGAUGCGAUGAAUCUCGACGAACGAUCCAAACACUACUAUUGCGGAAGUGAUUGGCACGAUGCGGCUAGCAAGUGUGGAACUCCGUGUCCCAGUGGAACGGCCGAUGUCUGUCCCGACAAUGAACGGUGUUAUGCCGACACGCCCUGUGAUUCCAGUAAACCAACACAACAACAACGGGACACUCUAGUAGAUGAAAUACACGAAGACAACUACCAUUUGACGCCAGCCGGGGGAUUGCCCAGUUGUUUCACCAUUUGGUCCAAUGGACAAGUCACCAUGCACAGUCUUACGUCACAGAAGGAAGAUGCCGAAAAACAAGCACAACCAACUAUACUAGAUCCAGCCAAUCUCACGGUGGCCAAUCUAC